GGGCGGGCAGGCAGGCAGAUGGCUGUGCGCUGCCUGCUCCACGAGAGCAGAGCGGCGCGGGAGAGAUGGUGGCCGGCGCUUGCAGGGCCGAGAGGGGCUCACUGCAGCAGCAGCCGCCGCCUGGGGGUGGCCAGCGGGAGCCGCCCUGCGGGGAGAGCCUCCGGGGCGACCCAGACUUCCUCUCCCACCUUUGGAUUUCUCUUUGAUAUCGAUGGCGUGCUUCUCCGUGGCCGACAUGUGAUCCCUGCUGCCAAGAAAGCCUUCGAGAAGCUCACAGAUUCCUCAGGGCAGUUCUGUGUGCCAGUUGCUUUUGUAACCAAUGCUGGGAACUGCUCUCAUGAUGACAAGGCAGAAGAGCUGUCCAGCGCUCUGGGAUUUAAGAUUUCUCCUGAACAUGUGAUCCUCUGUCACAGCCCAUUGCGCCUCUUCCACAAGUUCCAUAACAAGUGUGUGCUGGUGUCUGGCCAGGGCCCUGUGGCACAAAAUGCCAGGGACCUGGGAUUCCAGCAUAUUGUUACUAUUGAAGAUGUAAGGAAGGCAUUUCCACUGCUUGAUAUGGUUGAUCAGAGCCGAAGGCCAAAAGAACUGCCUCCACCAACCACUGAUUUCCCCACCAUAGAGGGGGUAAUUCUGUUUGGAGAGCCAGUCCGAUGGGAAACAUGCCUGCAGCUCAUUAUUGACGUGCUUCUCAGCAGUGGGAGUCUGGGGGUUGAGCUUGCUGCUGUGCCGUAUCCACAUCUGCCUAUCCUAGCCUGCAACGUGGAUCUCUUGUGGAUGGCAGAAGCCAGAAUGCCAAGAUUUGGCCAUGGCUCUUUCCUUCUGUGCCUGGAGAGCAUCUACAAAAAAAUGACAGGCAAGGAGCUGAAGUAUGAGGCCCUGAUUGGCAAGCCCAGCACUGUCACUUACCGCUAUGCUGAGCACAUUAUCAAGCAGCAGAUCGAGAGUCGUGGCUGGAUGUCCCCUCUGCACCAUCUGUACGCUAUUGGGGACAACCCGAUGGCUGAUGUUUACGGCGCAAACCUCUACAAUCGUUACCUCCAAGGUCAGGCUGAAGUAAAUGUGACUGCAAUGGCUUCUGAUACCCAGGGGGAGAAAUGCUCCAAGGUGAAGAAAGAUUCCGACCUGUCGCUCAGCUGUGUGCCAAGCUGCCAGUCUAUCCUGGUCUGCACGGGGGUCUACAAUCCUCGGGGAGACAUGCCUGCUGACUGUAACGAGAGCACGACAGAGACAGUAUUCCAUGGGCAUCGGGACUUCCAUUUUGCCCCCAGCCUGGUGGAUGCUUCUUAUGUUGUGUCUGAUGUGAAUGAUGCAGUAGAACUGGUCUUCCAGAAAGAAAACUGGAAAAGGGAGUGACGCACCCACUGUUUGCAUCUAACUUGGGGACCCAGAGAUAGGGAUUCAGUUCAUUUGUUCUUUGACCCAAGCCAAAGUAAAGAAAAAAAAAUCUUCAUUUUUGUGUGGGGAUGUUUAAAAACCAACCAACGAAGAACCCAGACCCUAGUCUUAGUCAGUGAGAAACCCCUUAGAGCACUUAUGUUACCUAUUUGAAAUCCUGGCACCAGUUACUAGGUGAAAUCUUUGCUGGGUUGGGUUCUGCAGUAGAAGAGAGUAGUCUGUCUCGUUACAGUGGUCAAGCCAUUGCCCUGUGUGGGCUUCCCAUAUCUUGUCUUUGUUUCCACAGUUAACUGACAAUAGUCCUGUGAAUCCAGUUUCUGGGGAAAACUUGGUUCUUUGCCAGAAGACAUGGGAGGUUUUAGUACCAUUUCUACAUCCUGUCUAAAUGGGAUUUUUUUUUCUUGUGUGGGUCCUUUAUCACAGUCAUCAAGCCCUUCCACAAGAGUCAUUUCAAAUUUUGUCUCUGCCAAAAGUGCCUAUGGGUACUUGAAGUAUGCAGGUACUCAGUGUUUGAAGAACAGAGUGAUGAAAUAUCCUACACCUGAAAGCCAUGCAAAAAAAUAUUACUAGGAAAGAAUAUGCCAUGGGGGGGGGGGGUAUCUCAUCUUCCCCACCCCCAGUUGCUUGUUUCCCCAUCGGCUAUUUAGCUUACACUUCACUGUAGAGCCUAGCUACAGUCCCAAGAGAGGGAAGAUCCCAAGAGAGGGAACCUCUUAAUCUUGGAUUUUUUUUUCUUGUGUGGGUCCUUUAUCACAGUCAUCAAGCCCUUCCACAAGAGUCAUUUCAAAUUUUGUCUCUGCCAAAAGUGCCUAUGGGUACUCGAAGUAUGCAGGUACUCAGUGUUUGAAGAACAGUGUUAUGAAAUAUCCUACACCUGAAAGCCAUGCAAAAAAAUAUAUUACUAGGAAAGAAUAUGCCAUGGGGGGGGGGGGUAUCUCAUCUUCCCCACCCCCAGUUGCUUGUUUCCCCAUCUGCUAUUUAGCUUGCACUUCACUGUAGAGCCUAGCUACAGUCCCAAGAGAGGGAAGAUCUGGCUCGCCUACUUCUGUCUGCUCAUCUCCCACUUGUUGUUUGCCAGAAUUCAGCCCUGCUCUUCCACAUUUCCACCCAGUUGUCUGCCUUCUGUGCUGCCACCUCAGAGGCAGUGACCUCAGGCAUUCCCCCUCCUCCUCUCUCCCACCUGCUGCCUUCUGUACUUACUCUUCUGGCCUUAUACAACCUACUACACCCAGGCAAAAGCAAAAAUACAAGAAUGCAAAAUAUAUUACAUUUAAUGUGAAAAACAAAGCAGAAAUGUAUAUACCCCCUCCCCCAAAAAGUGCAUAAACAGGUGCAUUUGUCUAACAUCUCAUAAUUCCAUAACAGAAUCAUUGGUAAUUCAACAGGUCUUAAGUCCAAAAGAUUCUGAAGUAGUGUCCCAAUGCUUGGUUGCAUGUGAAAGUCAAAGAUGAACAAUGAAGAAGACGGGGAAUUCCGGACAAGACACCUGUUUUGCCCUCAGUGUCAUGGGCUUGAUCACUUCCAACAACUUAAUGACCUGUCCAGUCUUGGGAAUCAACAUGAGGCUUAAUAAUCAUGAAAGCCUUCUUGUGUUCCCGUUCAUGUAGCACCCACAAAUUAACUAGUAAUACGGUAAUAAAUGUGUCUUGUUGUAGCACCACUACACCUUCUCAUAUUGAUAUCAUAUAUUCUUCUGGCCUGCCAGUGCCCACCAGCCUGUAUGCCUCUAGCACUGCUUCUUCAGCUAUGGCAGGAGAGGUCCAACUCCUCCUCCCUCACCUGUGGCAGUGCUGGACACAUCAGCACCUGUCUCCCCCCAUCCCUGCCCCCCAGGUUUGUAGAAAAUCUUUUAUUCUUCUUGGCCCCCAUCUGCAGAUUUAAGUAUUUGCAAAAUGCGGCCAAGUUGAGGAUUAGAUACGUUGGUUCUACUUCACUGCACAAAGUGAGAGCAGGGUAGCUGCCAUGCAUGAUAAACCUACCCUCACGGCUGCCCUCCAAACCUCUUAAUCUUGGCUUCCUUGAAACACACUUUUCCAUUUUUUUGAAUUAUUGCCAAUUAUGUUUGUCACUGUCCCUUCUAUUCUUUGAGAGACUGUGAAUCUUGGCAAUACUGAGCUUGACGUGCAGGCAUUAGACGCUUAGGGGUGAGGUUCCGAGGUUAUCUGCUUGGCAAAUCAUCAUUAUUCAAAAAUCAUAUUAAUGUUAAGAUCCAUUUCAGAAGAGAAAAAAGCACUCAUCAAAUCCAAAAAGAACUGGAUUUAGUCUUGCCUGGCUGCUUCUUCCCCACAAAGGUAAUGUUAACACCACCCAAAACAAACCUUUCCCUUUGAGAUAAUGAGGUUGUGCCCAGGUAAUUCCAGAUGGUGUUGUAGCGUCCUUUGGCUUGGGGCUGUAUGGGUUUUUCCCCCAUAUAAAACAUCAACCUGGACCCAGAGUCAAGCCUGUGCAGCAGUGAUCUUCCGUGUGUUGUUGCAGGGAUCUAUACGCAGCACUCUUUGUGUUCACGGUUUGGCAAGGGAUGCCUCUGGAGACUGUGGAGUGGGGCCGGCAAAUUUUCAGGCUGUGAUACAGAAAUCCUUUUAUUUAUCAUAUGGCUUGCGCUUCUUUUAUACAGAGGUUUUAAAAGCAUUUAUAUAAUAAAACCAAUUCCUAAAAACUA